AUGCGCUUCUUCACAGCUUUCACUACCUUUGGGCUGAUCGCCUUUGCUGCCGCUCAAAAUGCAACUACGACGGCCGAGUUGACCAAAUCCAGCGUCGCCUCUUCGACUGGCGCUUCUUCUGCCGCUGCCACCGCAUCCCUGAGCCCGCAAGUCAAGUGUCUGCAGUCCUGUGGUUCGGCGGACGUGUGCUGCCAGGCGAAAUGUGUCGGUGUCCCGUGCCCGUCUCAACUCCAGGCAAAUGCGACCACGGAAUGCGCUGCGCAAUGCCCGCAGGGCAAUGGUACCGCCGGCGAGACUCAACAAUACGCAGACUGCCAGGCUUCUUGCAUCAGCUCUUACUUCCUGACCGCCUCCUCUACCGCUGCUCCCACCGCCAGCCAAACCGGAAGCAGCUCGUCUGCCACGGGUACAUUUGCUUUUGGACAAGGCAGUGCCACCACAACUGAGGGUUCAGCAUCAGCAACCGCAGGCAGUUCUUCGGCAGGAUCCGCUUCGGCGACAGGGUCGUCUGGCAACGGCGCCAAUAACCUCCAUGUUGGUAGCGUGGGACUCGGAUUUCUGGCUCUUUUCAUGGCUGGUUUGACUCUGUAA